UUGCUGCAAGUCUGUAAUUAUAUAAACCUGUGUAACAUACAUAACCCAUCAAAAAACAAAACAAAAAGGGCAUUACAAAAUCUAGACCAAGACCAACAUAGCCAGAAACAAAAAUGCAAGAGGCAGACACCACAGAUUUUUUUUCUUCUUCUGAUAAAUGCAGCAGUUGAAUAAACCAACCUUUUACAAAUCUAUAUACUGGCAAACACAGUAGGGACUUUCCCUUUGUCUGUAUAAACACGUAAACACCACCUUUGCAAGGGCUCUAUAUUUGCAGGUCUGUACUAUGUGUGUGCAAUAAAAAACUAUGUUUAAUAGACAUGUUGCAUGGCCAACACUGGACAGAACCUGACUGGGUUAGUCAUCAAGGUUCAACAGACAACUCAAGAUUAAAUAAUGAAAAUGGUAAACGCUGCUGGAUACUGAGGCCAGGAUAGCUCAGUCGGUUAGAGCGUGGUGCUGAUAAUGUGAAGGUUGCAGGUUUGAUCCCUGUACGGGACAGCUGCAUAUUCCUGCAUUGCGGGGGGUUGAACUACAAUUCUAUGACUACACUGAUUUAAUUAUAGGGAAAAUUAGGUGCAUGUUAUCUACAAUUGUAAGGGACGCGGGUGGCACUGUGGGUUAAACCACAGAGCCUAGGGCUUGCCGAUCAGAAGGUCAGCGGUUUGAAUCCCCGCGACAGGGUGAGCUCCCGUUGCUCGGUCCCUGCUCCUGCCAACCUAGCAGUUCGAAAGCACGUCAAAGUGCAAGUAGAUAAAUAGGUACCGCUACAGCGGGAAGGUAAAAGGCGUUUCCAUGUGCUGCUCUGGUUCGCCAGAAGUGGCUUUGUCAUGCUGGCCACAUGACCUGGAAGCUGUACGCCGGCUCCCUCGGCCAAUAACGCGAGAUGAGCGCACAACCCCAGAGUCGGUUGCAACUGGACCUAAUGGUCAGGGGUACCUUUACCUUUAAUUGUAUAGAGGCUGCAGAAUACGGUUUUCUUGUGGCAGAAUUUGGAUUAGCUUUCGAUUAUUUAUUUCAUGCAGUCCUUCCAAGGAGCUCAACACACACCUAGCCCAAAUGACUGCUUUUCGAUGCCAGAUUUCCUACAGGAGCCCCAAGGACUGCCUCUCCCUGUAUGAACCAACCUGGACCCUGCAACCAUCAUUUGUGUGCCGCCUCCAUGUGAGCUCUGGAAGGUGGCAACACAUGAACGGGCCAUUUCUGUGGUGGCUCCCCAUUGCUGUUUGGUACACUCUGACCUGUGAAUCUUUGCUGAUGAAGAAUUGUCAAAACAGGGCCUUGUCCUGAUUUUUUACUGAAAUUUAUUUUUAUUUGCCUACUAUACUGGGAUUGAUUCCUAUUUGAACUCUUCAUCACACAAAUAAAACCUUGGGAAGAUAUAUUUGAAAUCCAUUUUUCGUCUGGCCCGAGUUCUUGCAAUUUACUGUUUAUUUCUGGACUUUACCAAGAACUCCAAUUUCUACCGUAUCUUCAGGCACCAAGAUGUUUCCAGAUCACCAGGCCUUGGGCUGAUUAAACCAUUUACACCUGGCUCUCCAAAUGAAACGUAACAUGAAAAAGCAUUCUUUUUGUAGUAAACCAGUGUAGUAAACCAGAUAUUGAACACCCAGCAAACAAUGGUAGUUGGCAGCAUGGGCAAAAAUAUUCCUGCAUUGCAAGGGAUUGGACUAGAUGACCCUUGGGACCCUUCCAACUCUACAAUUCUAUGGACUAAGGAAACAGGAGGGCAUUUGUCAAUUAUCGCCCACACAAACACUGGGUGCCUGACACAGAUGGGUUCUGUGCUGCAAGGGCACUGUCUGGUGCAGUUGCAAAAAUGCUUUGAUUCACUGCUCGGCCCAGGGUGGAUUGAUAAAUUUAGCACUGUUGUUAAUGCUCCGCCCGGAAAUACAUAAAUAAUUACGAAACUAAAUCAAACGCAUUCAGCCGCAAAUUAUUAUUAUUGCUGCACAGGCGGCAUAUAUUUAAAAGAAACGCACACACACACACACACCGCAAAUGCCGGGAGCAACACCUUAUCCGUCACGGGGAAGCAAUUCCUGGCCCCUUUAACUACAGUUCUCAUGAUUACUGUACCGGGGCGUGUGCGCGCUUUAAAUGCAUGGUGCGUAGGCAGAUGUGUCUGUUUUCUAUUGCUCCGCCCCGCCGUUUGCCAGGAUCAAAAAUGCCCAUUGUCGGGUGUUUAGAUCGAGAGGGACGUGCGGGUAAAUUAACAUGCAACGAGCCGUGCUGCGAAAAAACAAAGGAAAACCCAGACCUUAAGCCCUAUAAAAUGUGCCCAUGCCAAGAAACCAUGGUCUCUGUGUUACGCACUGGAGAGGCGCUUGGGCAUUCCGGGUUUGUGUGUGUGUGUUUUUUAAACUUGCAAGUUGGGGAGGGGUCCCCGCGGAUCAUCUAGCUCUAGCCCAACCUCCUGCAAUCCACGGGCUUGAAUGAACUGGUGUCAGCCGAGAUUUGAUGGUGAGUCUGGCGGUGAUGCCUCCCCCGAUGAAAGCCCCGAGAUGCGCAGGUGAACCUCCCGAGGGCGGCGGCGUUUAACUCUUCCUCCCUCCCUCGACGGCAGCUCUUAUCAGAUGGCCAACCCCUUGUUUCGUAACCCUGAGCGAACCAGUCGCGCGGGUUAUAAGGCGCGAACUUCGCCUCAGCUCCUCCACCCAACCGGCCCCGCGCGUUUCCGGCUCCCACCGCGAUCCGCAGCAGCCGUCUGGCCGGCCGGGGCGCAGCUUAAGUUCGACGGAGCAGGACGAGACGCAAAGAGCCGCCGUCGCCCCGAGGGACAGCCGAGCCGGGACCAUGGCCGGGCGCUGCCUCCGCCUGGCGCUUGUCCUCCUGCUGCCGCUCCUCGACGCCAAGGCCGGGCGGAGUUGCUACAAGCCGAGGAUUGCCAGGCCCUACGCCGUCCGAACCUACCCUCGUCCUUAUGAAUAUCUGGACAUCUCAAAACUGCCCGAGAGCUGGGACUGGAGGAAUAUAAACGGAGUCAACUAUGUGAGUGCCACACGCAACCAGCACAUCCCACAGUAUUGCGGAUCCUGCUGGGCUCAUGGCAGCACCAGCGCUUUAGCAGAUCGCAUCAAUAUCAAGAGGAAAGGCAUUUGGCCUUCUGCCUAUCUCUCAGUCCAGAAUGUGAUUGACUGUGCUGACGCUGGCGGCUGCAGCGGAGGGGAUGACUUGCAGGUCUGGCGUUAUGCUCACGAGCACGGCAUCCCCGACGAGACCUGCAACAACUACCAAGCUAAAGACCAAGACUGUGAUAAGUUUAACCAGUGUGGAACGUGUGAUACUUUUGGAAAAUGCCAUAUGAUAAAGAACUACACCCUCUGGAAAGUUGCUGAUCAUGGUACUGUCAGCGGGCGGGAAAAAAUGAUGGCGGAAAUCUAUGCAAGUGGUCCUAUCAGCUGUGGGAUCAUGGCCAGCCCGAAGCUGCACAAUUACACUGGAGGACUUUAUGCUGAAUAUCAUGUGCUGCCUUCUCUAAACCAUGUCGUUUCUGUCGCUGGCUGGGGUGUCGAGAACGGAACCGAGUAUUGGGUUGUCCGGAACUCUUGGGGCGAGCCAUGGGGUGAGAAGGGCUGGCUUAGAAUUGUAACAAGUGCAUAUAAAGGGGGGAAAGGAGCAUCCUACAACCUUGGCGUUGAAGAGGAAUGUGCUUUCGGAGACCCAAUUCUUCCUUAACUCUGUGCUGGAGGAGGAUUUGGAAACACAUGUUCAGAAGGCAAGGACUAUCCCAGCCCACUGCUUCGCAAAGGGAUGAGUUAAUAUUCUGCAGCGCCCAUUAAUCAUGGAACGGUGAACCUUUAUUCUUUCCUCAACUAAACCUUUCUCUUAAAAUAAUUCAAUGUUGUUUAUGAAAUGACCCAAAGAAUGACAGGCACUGAUUGCACUGAGAGAAGCAAAGCAAACAGCUUUUAAUACUUUUGCAUAUGGAAAUUACCGUAAAUUCCGGCGUAUAAGACGACUGGGCGUAUAAGACGACCCCCAACUUGUCCAGUUAAAAUAUAGAGUUUGGGAUACACUCGCCGUAUAAGAAAUACGACCUGGCGUAUAAGAUGACCCCUGACUUUUGAGAAGAUUUUCCUGGGUUAAAAAGUAGUCUUGUAGUUAAUUUUUAUCGUAAUUAUACUGUAAUGCUGGGGAGCAGAGCUCUUAAAUAACUUGAAAUUAAAUUCUGUAUGAAAUUAUGCAGGUCAUAAAUUUCUCACUGUACAGGCAUAGUGAAGAGGAUAAGAUGAUUUGAGUCAGAAAAGCUUGGAAACGUGAGUGCCUCCUUGCUUUCUAAAGGGCUAAGCUUUCUUGCUGACAGUCUUAAAGAGCGGUUCAGUAGCAAUGAUGGUACUGUAUUACAGAACCAGCUGUUAUGUGACAAGCUAUUGAUGGUCCUCCUUUCAGUCUUGCCCAAAAGUGGGCAGCCUGUGAGCUUCCAAUAGGUUGUUGGGUCUGCAACCCCCCCCCCCCCCAAUAAUCCCAGAUCAUUCGGGCUGAUGGAAAUUAUGGUCUCCCAUCCCUGGUCAAGCUCAGGAUUUGCACUCAUCCAUCUACAUGCUGCUGAACUGGCUGGUAAGCAUUAAGGAGCAGGUCUCCUAGUGCUUCCUAGCAGUAUCAGCUCAUAUUUUGAACACAUGGCAUUCUUGUUAUUACCCCACAUUGAACUGACCUAUCUCCUCUCCCCUGGAGCUGGGUGUGGCUUUUAAGGCUGCUUAGUGCAGGGCCACAGCUACUUAUCUUGCCUUCUGCAUUCUCUUUCUCAUAAGGUGCAGAUCAGAUCAGAAUCCACUAGCUGACUACGGAGCAGUAGGCCAACACUCCUUGUGAGAUUACAGCUGAGUGUUGCCUCCACCAGCCCAUCCCGUUCCCCUGGGCUUCUGGCACGCACUGUUUCAAGUAAGGGCAAAACAGUGGCUGCAAGCUAUUUCUGCACAAGCCCCCCAGGGUGUCAGGGGAAGGCAGGCUGUGUGAUUUUGUUAACCUAUUACCAAGCUCAGCCAUGCCACCAGCCUGUUUUUGCUCCAUAUUGGGCACGGCACAAACAAGGGUUGCCCAAGUACCUUGUAGGCUAGAAUUCACAGCUAAUACAGGCUGAGUUUGGUGGCUCAUAAGCUAAACAGCCUUAAGCUUUGGGUAUUCAGAUCCCUUCUGGAUUGUAGCACACAACCUGUGAGAGAGAUUUGUCUAUUUUCUGUACUUGAUGAGAAAAACACACACAUCUACAUCAGCCUUUUUUUCUGGUUCAGUAGCUAAGUUUCCUCCACCACCUAAGUGUCAUGAUUACACAGUAUUUAUAUUUAAAAUAUUCCUUAACCACCCUCCAGGGCAGUGCACGGAAGUGUGAAUGAAAUUUAUACGCAACAUAUCAGUACAAUACCAUUUAAAGCCAACAAGCAAAACCCACAAAACUUUGGAAAGAUAAUACAUUUCCCCAAAGCAUCUACUGUGUCUGGGACAGUAAUACCUUUAAAGAAACUCAUGCAACAUUAUUUAAUCAAAAAUGAAUUUAAUAAAAAAUAUAACUUAACCUACUUUGUGUCGUUUUCCCUCUUACAGGUACAAGAAAAAUUAGUGCUGUUUUGAUUUUGAUGCACUCAGGAAACUUUAACAAGACCCAUUUUUACACAGUAAUGAAGCUUAUUGGUUAAGGUUGAGAUUUCCCCUCCAAUAAGGCCAGUGAUUCUUCACCAGGGUCCGGCGAUAGCAUGUAAACACUGUGAUGCACAAGUAAGCUCUGCCAAUAUUGUGUAUCAUUUAUAUAUGAAGAAAGGGCUUUGCAAAUGUCUUCUGGAAUGCAGUAGGAACCAGCAAUACUGCAGCUACCUGGCAACUAAGUGGCUCAACACUACCAUGACUUUCAGUACGAGACGCACACAAAGACAUUUAUAACUUUGGGGGGGGGGACAAGUAAGUUUGUGAAUCGGGUGCAGAACCUGUGGCCCUUCAGAUCUGGACCCCAACUCCCAUCAGCCCCAGCCAGCAAGGCCAAAGGUAACAGAUGGGAUUUUUACUCUAGCAUCCUCUGGCAGUCAGCAGGUUGCCUAUUUCUCGUUUAUCUGAUUGUCAAGGAUCAAAGUGUGUGUGAGAGGUAUUCACACACUACCCUUCUAGGCACAACUAUCGCUUGUGCAUAAGGGUGUGGGAAGGAAUCAUUGCCUGUUGGAAAUUAUUAGCCCUAUAUGCUGCAAGAGGAAGAAUGCAUUCCCCCCAGGGAACUAAGGCUAGGACCACUAGUGCUAGCUUUCCCCUCACAUACAUUCAAUUCUGCUACACAAACAGCACAGGUCCUAUACUCUGCCCUUCCUGAUGCUCCAAGGUUUGGGGGCUGGGAAACGCAAUUAAUUUCAGCUAAACUCUGUCCUAGUUUCAACAUUUUGGAAGCCCAGCAGUGUGAAACUCCAAGUCCACCUAAAACAGCAACCAACAAACUGCUCUUUCUCCCAAGUUCUUUGAUGCCAUUUGCAUUAUGUCACUCUGCAGUUCAUCCACAGCAACUGGGUGUCUCUUGCUGGUUCAGUUGACCAUGAUGAAGUUCGAUUUACAGUGAGCUUUAAAGAAAACAGAUGAAACAAGACAUGAUGACCGACAUGGCUCAAUUUUUUUAAAUCAAUUCACACAAAAUGGGUACAGUGGUGCCUCGCUUAACGAAAGGUUUUUUCUAGCGGAGGUUGCCUCGCUAGACGAAUUCGUUUUAUGAAAAAUUCGUCUAGCGAAUCGCGGUUUCCCAUAGGAAUGCAUUGAAAUUCAAUUAAUGCAUUCCUAUGGG